CUUUCUGGAAAUUUCCACACAUUUCCAUUAGUCCAUUAAAGCUGGUUGCCAACCGCCGUUAAAAAAGAAGAAGAAGAAGAUUUCCACACAUUAAUGAACAUGAUCGCGAUUGUGCUGUUCGUCGGCUUCGCGUUGUCUCUGUCGGAGAUUCCCUCUCACGACCAACGGAACAUCACGGCUGAACCUGGACACACUGUCACGCUGCCAUGUCAGGGUCCCGGGAACGACACCAUCGGUGCUGUAAUGUGGACCAGAUCUGACCUCCGCAAACCUGUCUACUAUGUCCGAGACGGGCACCUUAUUGAGCCGCGCGACCAGGACCCAUCUUAUGUGAACCGGACGGGGCUGGUGGACAGGCAGAUGAAGGACGGUAACCUGUCUUUAAAGCUGAUGAAUGUGAGCAGCAGAGACGAGGGAACAUACGAGUGUCAAGUUACAAUUGUUGAAGGAAAUCGCAGCAAAGCUGUCAUCAUCCUGCAUGUUACAGACCCAGAUAAACCUGCCGUGGAGUGGAAAGUGGCCUCGUGUAUUUGUGGAGUAUUGAUUAUUCUCCCAGUUCUUCUGUUCAGCAUAUACAGAAUAUACAGAAUAUACAGCAGAGGACGUAUGAACCCCAAGUCAGGCCACGAUGAUCGAGAAACUGAAAAACUCACCACACAGGAUCCAGAUGGAAGGAUGUGCAGGCCUGUGCUAACAAAGUUACAGAUGAAGGCUUCCAAGUUAUUUAGAGCACUUUUUUAAAAUAGUUUUUUAUGUUUUUAAAUUGAUCAAAUAGAUCAAAUGAAGGAUUUCUGUGAGAGAAUAUAUUAUGUAUUUGCUAAUUCAGGGAAUUCACUUGACACUUUGCCCACAUCAGUAUGUUAACCAGCAGUGUUCAAAUGUCGGUGUUCUUUUUAAUUCUGCCUUUAAAAAUGAACAACCUCUGUUACUUUUUUUUUAUUUUAUUUUUUUUAACCUUGACUCUGUUACAGAUUUCCAAUCAGUUCUCUUGUUUUGGAGAUCUGACGUGUUUUUAUCUCUUCAUCUUGAUCUUUGUAACGUUUUAUGUUGGAGUCUGUUUCAGAAUCAGAAAUACUUUAUUGAUCCCCGAGCGGAAACUCUUUCAUUACAGCUACUCACUGUCACGUCAGGAAUAGAAGUACUAAGUAAAUCAAAAUAUAAUGCACUAUAAUACAGCUCGGAUAUAUUAAGUACAAAGUGGAUAUAAGUUAAGCUAAAGAUAAGUUAAAAUAAGUGUAAGUACAAAAGUGGAUUUACAGGUUGAUAAUUAUGUUUCAUGUGCACUUGUAUCAGUUUGCUCACUGACACAAAGUUAAGAGACCAGAUCUCUCUUCAGAGGCCAACAGUGAAAUACAUAAUCGAUUUUAAUAUUUACUUUGUAAAAUGGGCUGUAAAUUGGUCAGAUUUUCUGACCAAUCAAUUCUCUUUAUAGGGUUGAAGUCAACCUUAAAUCCAACCUUUAUGAUACAUUAUACUGAAUGAUCCGAAUAAUUUAAUUCACCAUGCAGUAGGCCAGCCUGCAUGGUCAGUGUGUUUCUGUCCCUUUGGUCAGUGUUUUGAUGCUGAUUUCCAGUUUACAUGUUACAUUUCCUUUAUACGGUCUCCAGUGUGUCAUUUCAUGUGUUUAUAUUUCUACAGAUUUUUCACUCUGCUCUGCAGCACUUUACACAACUUUCUUGUCAAAUAAAAGAUUCUCUGUAAA